CAGGGAGGACUGCCCCCUUCCCCCGGCGACUGUCCCCGACCCCAGCGCCCCAGGUGAGCCCCGGGGUCUCAGGUAAGGCUCCGCGAUGCAGGUAAGAGCCCCUCGGCACAGACAAGGCCUCAGCGCCCCCCCCCCCAGGUAAGAGCUCCUCCCCUCCUAGGUGACACCCUCCACCUUCAGUGAGGGCCUCUGCCUUCUCCAGUUGAGGGACCCUCUUCCCAGGUGAACUCCCUGUACCUCGAGUGGAGCCGCGUCACCCCCACCCUACCCCCGCCCUUGGCAGUUCAGGUGAGGUCCUAAGGACCAUCCAGUUCCUAACCCCUCCAUACUUUACCCCUAAACCAGAACCGACAGCUCAUCCACUCUGAAGCCCCUUCCUCCAGCUUCAGCUGUCAGGUCAGCAGGGGUGAGGCCGGAAGUAGAUGGGUGACUCACCUCAGGCUCCUCCAAGCCUCAGUUUCCCCAUGAUGCAACUUGAGGCCUCCUCAGCACUGGGCUCCCUCUGCUCCCCGUGGGCUGCUCCCCGCGUGGGGCCACUGCCCCCGGCCCCCGCCAUGGUGCGGAUUUCAAAGCCCAAGACGUUUCAGGCCUACUUGGAUGAUUGUCACCGGAGGUAUAGCUGUGCCCACUGCCGCGCUCACCUGGCCAACCACGACGACCUCAUCUCCAAGUCUUUCCAGGGCAGUCAGGGGCGUGCCUACCUCUUCAACUCUGUGGUGAACGUGGGCUGCGGGCCAGCCGAGGAGCGGGUGCUGCUGACAGGCCUCCAUGCCGUCGCUGACAUCCACUGCGAGAAUUGCAAGACCACUUUGGGCUGGAAAUAUGAACAGGCUUUCGAGAGCAGCCAGAAGUACAAAGAGGGGAAGUACAUCAUUGAACUCAACCACAUGAUCAAAGACAACGGCUGGGACUGACCCCUGCUCCUGCCGCAUGUGGCUCGAGCCCGGCCUGGCCGCCAGGGGCGCCACUGGCUUCCCUCCACGAGAAGGGAGCUCUGGACCCUCAGGGCCCUUGCAGAGGAAGGAUCCAGCUCCUGUACAUAUAUUUUAUUGCAUGCACUGUGACCUUGGGGGGCGAUCAGAAGGUGGAAGACACCCCCGCACCUCCCUGCGAUCUGGCUGGCUUGGAUCUCGUUUUUAACCCCUUCGUGCCCCGCCUGCCCUAUAGAUAUGGCCUCUGUGCUGCUCCCCCGGCCCCAGUGCACCGUCUGCCCUGUGAACUCCUCCCACCGGGCCCCUCUUACCCCACGCCUGUCUGCUCCCCUCGUUCUGUAGCGUUUGUACAUAAUAAAACAAUGGAGUGGAGACA